CACUGAUUUUCGGGCCCAGGGCCCCUGGCUACGUCAUUCGGCGUUGGUAGAGGCCAUGGGCGAAGAGGAGAUUUGCCUCAUUUGUCAUGAUGGCAUACUGGAACAGCCUGUCUCUGUGUUGCAAUGUGGCCAUGUGUACCACAGGAAAUGCAUUGCCAGUUGGAUGAACCAAUCGAGAGGUGAGUGUCCUCAGUGCAAGCAAUUCAGCAACGAACUGCGGGCAUUGCAUUUCGACCAGACCACGGCGUUGCUGAGCUCCAACACGGAGGUCCGCGCCGACCUGGCUGCCACGGAGGAACAGCGCCAAAGGAAUCUCACCGAGUUGAACCAGACCUGGCACGACGUGCUCAAGACACUGGCUGAUAGCUCCCGGAGACGAGAAGAGGCUCAAAAGGAGGCGGAAGAUGCCAAGCUUCAGCGCCGGGAGUUGCAGGAACGGGAGCCCCUCAUGCAGGUGGAAAAGAAGGUUCUGUCGGACCAGCUGAAAGAAGCGCAAAAGAAAUGUGCUGAGACGCAAUUCUACCUGGAUGAAGCUCAUCAUCAACAGUCCCACAAGCUGCCAGCGGGGCCCCCUCGACAGGACGAUGAGGAUGCGCUCUAUGAGCGCAAGAAACUAAACCACGCGUUGCAGGCAGGGCUACGGGCCAGCGAUCGCCUCAAAGAUUUGCACCGGCAGUUGGUGUCCUCUCUGAAGCAAGAGGCGGAAGUCCAGUCCUGGGCUCGAAAGCGACAGGCUGCAGCUGAAGAGGCGGAGGCGGUGGUUCGAGGCUUGCGUGCCAAGGUGGAAGAUCUUCGGAAGGAAAGGAACCUGAAGGAGACCAGAACGAUUGGCAAGGAUCUCAAGGAUCUGCGAACCACCCGGCCAGAGGAUUCUCUGCCAAGCGGUCAAUCAGCCGAUGUGUUUGGACCCGACGGACGACCUUUGGAUUGCGCGGAGCUUCAAGGUUCCCACCUGAUCUUCGAGGACCUUGACGACCUCGAUCUCGACUUAUCCCAGAGGAGCGACACGCGCGACACGCGCGACACGCCUAUGCCCAGGGGAACUCCCCCAUCGCCGUCGGCCGGUGCACAUGUGUUGAACGUCCAGAAUCGGCGCCCAGCAACUCCCAUCCGUGACGGGCGUCAUAUCCUGAAAGGAGGCCCCAAGCGCGAGGCCCAAGAGGAGGACGAGGACCGGCUACUCUUUGGGGGGCCUGCCAAGUUGCAACGCAAAGGAAGCGGUGGCUUCGGACGUGCGCGGGUCCCGGUCGUUUCACCACCGAGUGCGCAGCCAGCGCAGGUGGUAACGAGGCAACCACAGAAAAAAAACAGCAUCAAAACGCUCUUCGAGGCGUUUUGAUCUCAACUGGCUUCGUGUCUCCCAUGCUUGGGUGAUGACUUAUUGACGGUGGCCCAGUUGUCCGCAGAAAAACUGCAGUUGUCUUUUUUUACUCGAGUUGGAUCAUCAGUCCAAGCGCAGGAGUAGUUUUUUGUUUGACCAAUGCGCUUAGUUUCGAAGUUAAUUCGAUCAAAGCGAGUUGCAGAAAGUUCAUGGCUGACUUUGAGUCGAUCAAAGGCUGAC